UCAUCUCUAAUUAAAUCUCAAUGGCUAGUUCAUUUCAAGAUAAGCAAAUGGUCAUUGGAGCUCCGUUCAGGUUGACGGCUGCUUUGGGGCGGCUCCGGCAUGAUUCUGUGGCGGCUAGCUCCAAAUCAAUGAAACGAUGUUUGAUGAAAAUUGCAGAUAAUGGGAAAGAUUAUUGUUCAGUAAGAAACCGAGUGAGCAAGAUGAGAAGAAAAGCUAAUGGCUUUGCUCAUGGGAUUCGAGACCACCUGAGAUUGGGGCCUAAGAUAAGAGAGACAGUGAAGGAAAAGUUGAGAUUAGGAGCCAGAAUAGUGAAAGUUGGUGGGUUGAGAAAAGUGCAUGAAAAAUUGUUUAGAGAAGUGAAGAACAACAAAGGAGAAGAAUUGGUUAAGGCUUCCCAAUGCUAUUUAUCAACAACAGCUGGUCCUAUUGCUGGCCUUCUCUUCAUCUCCACUCAUCAUAUUGCUUUCUGUAGUGACACACCCAUCAAAAUCUCUUCUCCAAAUGGACGUCAUCAUUUCAAAUUCCAUUACAAAGUUGUGAUUCGAAAGGAGAAGGUGAUGAGAGUGAAUGAAAGUGAGAAUGUAAAGAAAGCUUCAGAAAAAUACAUACAAAUAGUGACAUUGGACAACUUUGAGUUUUGGUUUAUGGGUUUUUUAAAUUAUCAAUCUACUUUCAAAUCUCUUAAGGGAGUAGUAGAGAAGAGUUUGAGCUUAUUGCUUUUUUCUAAUGGCUUAAAGAUGGGGAUCAUGUGUACUUAUAUAUGUGUGUGUCAUUUGAAGUAUAAAAUAUUUGAUUCUUUGUACAGAUUAAUCCAAUCUAAUUAAUGACGAAA